AUGACAAAAGGACGAGCCAUUCUCCUCAGUGUUAUUGGUCCUGCAACUUACAUCUUGCUUAGAAACCUCGUGUCACCUAGCAAACCGACUGAGAAGUCUUACAUUGAGCUGGUAAGUGCAUUGAGAAAUCAUUACCAGCCAACUAUUUCAAUCACAGUUCAACGGUAUAAAUUUCACACUCGUGCAAGGAAAACGAAUGAAUCUGUGCCUGACUACGUUAGCAAACUGAAAAAAUUGGCUGAGAAGUGUGAUUUUAAAGAUACCUUGAAUGACAUGCUUAAAGACAGGCUUGUAGCCGGAAUAAAUGACGAGAAAAUCCAGAAGAGAUUAUUGAUUGAAACCGAUCUCACCUUCGAGAAAGCUUACAACAUUUCAGUAACAGAGGAACUUGCAAACCAAGAUGCUCACGCAUUGCAGACACCUACUGGUAGUGGUCCAGUAAAUAAAGUGGGUUGCUCACCCAAGACUGCUCCAAAUAAAGCUAGCUAUACUCACAGUGCACAUCCAAUGUCCUCCGGAGCCUACAAACAAGGCAAUAAACACUGUUUUAGAUGUGGCGAUAAAUCACACACCGCACCCAAAUGUAGAUUUAUCAAUGCCAAAUGCCAUUACUGCAGCAAAGUAGGCCACAUAGAGAAAGUUUGUUUGUCAAAACAAAAAAUUCAACAGCCCAAAAAGGAGAGACACGAGCAAACAAAUGCUGUUGAAGCCGAGCUCAACCUAGAUGAAGAUAAUAGCGAUCUGUUCAACAUACAGUCCGACUCGGUUACCCCUCCAUUACAUGUUGAUGUAAUUGUUGAUGAUGUGCAAAUGAAAUUCCAGCUAGAUACUGGGGCAGGGGUUUCGCUUAUCAACCAGACUGACUUUGUUAGACAUUUUGGAAACACACCAUUGGAUCCAGCCUCUGUUAAGCUGCGCUCUUAUACAGGCAACAAACUUACAGUCGUGGGAGAAAAGCUAGUCAAUGUAGCAGUUGGAGACCAAUCCGCAAGAUUACCCCUCAAAGUAGUCGAAGGGAACGGGCCCCCAUUGUUUGGCCGUGACUGGUUACAAGAAAUAAGAGUACCUUGGAAGAAGAUUUUCAAUGUAGACAUUGUAAAGCAGCCACCAGAGCUUGACAGCCUGUUAGCAGAGUAUGAUGAGUUAUUUAAUUCUGAAUUGGGUUGUCUCAAGGGAGUUGAGGCCCACAUAGAUAUUGAGGAGGGUGCCACACCCCAGUUCUGCAAAGCCAGACCCCUCCCAUUCGCUAUGAAAAAGAAAGUUGAAGAUGCCCUACAGAAAUUAGAGAGUCAAGGAGUCAUAGAGAAAGUAGUUCACUCUGACUGGGCUACCCCUGUAGUACCUGUGGUGAAAGCAAAGGGAGAUGCUCACCUUUGUGGGGACUAUAAGGUUACUGUAAACAAGGUAGCUAAACAAGAUAAAUACCCCCUACCAUUAGUUGAUGAAAUAUUUGCAAGUUUGUCUCAUGUACAAGAGACUGCCUUGUGGAGUUCGUGUGCAGUUGGUCUGUUCCAGCGCACGAUGGAGAAUCUCCUUAAGGGACUUCCAAAUGUCAGCGUUUACAUAGAUGAUGUUCUUGUCACAGGCCGUCAUGAUACAGAGCAUUUAUCUAACCUACGAGGAGUCUUGACACGUUUACAAGAAAAUGGCCUGUGUCUACAGAUGACAAAGUGUCAGUUCAUGCUCCCUGAAGUCGAGUACUUGGGUUUCAAGGUCACUAAAGAUGGUAUCAACCCAACAGAGUCUAAGGUGAGAGCAAUCAAAGAAGCACCUACGCCAACCAACGUAAACGAAUUGCGUACCUUCAUUGGGUUGGUAAACUACUAUGCCAGACUACUCCCAAAUCUUGCACACCGCAUGGCGCCUUUAUACAAGUUACUGAGGAAUGACGAGGCAUGGUCGUGGAAGAGCGAACAACAGUCAUCGUUCCAAAAGAUUAAGAAGAUGAUGAGUGAAGAUGUUAUGCUAGCUCAUUAUGACCCUGAUGCUGAGCUAGUACUUUCUUGUGAUGCCUCUUCGUACGGCAUUGGUGCAGUAUUACAACAGCCUGGCCCGAAUGGUGAGUUGAAACCAGUUCAUUUUGCUUCCCGUAGUCUCACAAGUGCUGAGAAAAACUAUGCACAGAUUGAGCGUGAAGCUCUUGGAAUCAUUUAUGGUGUACAGAAAUUCCGACAGUAUUUGCUAGGACGCACCUUCACGUUAGAAACUGAUCACCAACCUCUCGUUAAGCUCUUUGUGGAACAUACCGCAAUACCCCAACUUGCUGCUGCGAGAAUUAAACGUUGGGCACUGAUCUUAUCUGCGUACAGUUACAAGAUAAAGCACAUUUCUUCAAAAGAAAAUGCAUGUGCUGACUAUUUGUCUCGAGCUCCAUUACAGGAACCACCUGAUUUGUCCGACUUGCCAGAGCAGGAAGAUGUACUGCUGAUUGAUGAAGAGUUGCUGAGUCAACUUCCCCUUACAGCUAAGACAGUGGCGUCAGAAACGCAAAAGGAUCCCUGCUUGGCAAAGGUACUGCAAUCAACUAGAGAAGGCUGGCCAAGUAAGUGUGAUGAUGAUAAAUUGCAACCAUACUUCUCACGCAAAACUGAAUUAACUGUCGAACAAGGAUGUGUGUUGUGGGGAAGCAGAGUCGUUAUACCCUCCACACUCAGACCCACACUCUUGUUGGACCUUCAUAGUGAACACACAGGAACUGUUAGAAUGAAGGGGCUAGCCAGACAGUAUUUCUGGUGGCCUAAGAUGAAUGACGAGAUCGAGCAGAUAGCUAAGAAUUGCGCAAGCUGCCAGGAAACUGCUUCUGCCCCUCCUAGUCUACCCGUAGCUAAGUGGAACUGGCCAUCUGGCCCUUGGAAGAGACUACAUAUUGAUUAUGCUGGUCCUUAUAUGGGUAGCAUGUUUCUUGUUGUCAUUGACUCGUACUCUAAGUGGUUAGAAGUGAUACCCAUGAAAUCCACUACAACUACUGCAACCAUACAACAGCUCAGGAAAGUGUUUGCUAAUUUAGGCCUCCCAGAACAUAUCGUUUCAGAUAAUGGCCCGCAGUUUUCCAGUAGCGAAUUUAAAGAAUUCCUGAUGAAAAACAACAUCCGACACACUCUGACACCUCCAGGCCAUACGGCAUCAAACGGUAUGGCUGAACGCUAUGUCAGGUAUUUUAAAUCACAGUUGAAGAAGAUGGAGAAGGAUGAGGGUACCUUACAGGAUAAGAUAUCGCGUAUCCUCCUUACUUACAGAUGUACGCCACACCCUACAACGACAGAGAGCCCUGCAUAUUUGCUGAUGCGUAGACAGUUAAGGACAAGGUUCUCAAGCCUGAGACCUUCACUUGAUAGCCAGAAGGAUGCCGAAACAUUUGAGCAGAACACAAGUUGCCUGCCCAAGUUUGCAGUGGGAGAUAAAGUGUAUGUACUUAAUCUCCGUGCUGGUCCUCGUUGGUUGCCAGGGAUCGUUAUUGAAGUAUUGCAACGAUAG